AUGGGGAAUGUGCCGAAGAGACAACAAUUUGACCAUAGAACAGACAACAACAGAAGAUCACCAAUAGGCGUGCAGAAUGAUUUGACGGGUGACACAGCCAAUCGUGAUGAAAACUUAGAGGAAGACGUACUAAUUCGUAAUAAGAGACAAGUCCCCAUACAGUAUCGACAUCAGCGUUUCUGUGAAAGAAACGAGGCUCGCCUGUCUUGUCCUCUACAUCAAGUGAUUGUAAUGAAGCAAGGUUGGUACGGUGGUUUAAGUUGUGUACAUCCUGGUCAAUAUUUCUAUGUGGCCACGGCAACAUGUGGUGAGAGUGUAAAAGAUAAGCUGUCAGACCUAUGCGCUUUUAAGAAUACAUGUAGUUUUAUGGUUAGUCAAGCUGUCAUUGGUGGAGGACUAACUGGUUGUACCGAAGGUCAUGACAGAGAUAUCUUUGUUCAAUAUGAUUGUGGAGAAGUUGUGAUAGCACCAGCAGGACCAAAGGGAGAACGUGGACUACCUGGACUAAAAGGCGCAAGAGGUGCCGCAGUGGUGAGUGAAUGA